CUCAACUCUCAUCACGCCCGUCCCUACGCCGGACGCGCAGCUAGGCACGAGCAGUCAUUCGGCACCGAGGCGCUGUGGGCAAAAUGACCGACGACGGCGACAAGGGCGGCAGCAUCUCGAGCGAGGACAACAUCGAGGAGGCUGGCUUCCGAGGACUGCUCUCGGAGAGCAGCCAGCGGCUGGGCACAGCGAUUAAGGGGCCAGAGCAAGAGAAGCUCGACCGCUGGAUCAAGCUGAUGGCAGAGGGCGCAGAAAACUUCUCGCCCCGCGCCAAGAAAUGCGUUAUGAUGUGCAAGCCAGCCAUCGAGAUUGGGAUCAAGGUAAUCCUUGUCGUGAUGGCCAUCUACCUCGUCAUCUUCUCGAUGGGGUACAAAGUUUUCAAGCUGCUCCCCAUGAAUGCGAUCAAAAUGGUCUUCGGGGCUGCGCUGUGCUUCUUUGGAGGAACCUACUACGCCUCCAUCGCAGCCAUCGAGGCUUUCCGCAUCUUUGGCUGGGAGACGCUGCAGGCCAACGUGAAAAUCGUGAUGGAGCAGGCGAACGCCGUGCAAGCUGCAUCGGAGAUUGACAACUCUGUGGACGACGACCACGACGGGGUUGCGGACGUCGACCAGAUCUCUUCGCAGGCGCUGCUCCGCCGCAAGACGGUGCUCGCAAUGACCACUAUCCAGGAGCCGGAGCGGCUCAAGAAGGCGGUCGGCAACCUUUGGACCGCGUAUGUGUCUGUGCUCGCGACCCUGCGGCUCGAGUUUGCCCGCACUACCUCCCUCGCUCUUGCCAUUGUCGAGAUGAUCAAGUUCCCAAUUAUGCGAUGGAUCCUACCGCCACUGAUGAUGUUCCUUGGCUCCGAUCUGAGCCACUGGGCGAAGACCUUUGUCGAGGUGACCCUCAACGUGAUUGCGAUGGUCGUGGCGUGGUACAUGCAAAUGAUCAUCUCCUCCUUCUACUCGGCGAUCCGCGGCGGCCGUCUGUUUGCAGAGGGGCUGAUUGCGGUUCUAAUCGAAAAGGAUCUGUUACGCAAGCUCCCCUUCUUCAAAAAGGCGCGCUCGAGCGACCCGCCCGAGGGCGAGAAGGCAGAGUUUGACGCCGAUGAGUCGUAUCUCGACGAGGUCAUCGGCUUUUCCUUUGCGGGCGUGGGCUUUCUGUGGCAGCUCACCAGCGGCUUCGCACUCCCCUUCCCUCUCAACCUCGUUUUCUUCCCACUCACCCUCGUUGAGUACUUUCUCCGCUGGCAGAUUGCGACGACCGCUGCGGCGCAGGAGGUGGGGGGCGCCGGAGAAUGACCGAACUCAGUCUUGCGGAGGAGGGGGGGGGAGCUAUCUCGAUGGUUUGCACCAGUGCAGCGGUGGAUGCGCUUUGUAUUAUGGCUCAGCGUUUUGGGUCUCGGAAUAAGCAAGAAAACCC